AUGGCUUUCACAGAUCUACUGGACACCCUGGGAGGUGUAGGUCGCUUCCAGGUCAUCUACACAGCCCUGCUGCUGACGCCCUGUGGCCUGCUGGCCUGCCAUACCUUCCUCCAGAACUUCACGGCCGCCUCGCCUGCUCACCACUGCCGGCAUUCUGCCAACCACACAGAGGACACCACCACCAACUACUCCAGGGCCUGGCUGAGGGCCACCAUCCCCCUGGACCAGCAUGGGCUCCCUGAAUCGUGCCGCCGUUUCAUGGAGCCUCAGUGGGCCCUUCUGAGUUCCAACGCCUCCACCUACGGAGCAGUCAUGGAAGGCUGCAAGGAGGGCUGGGUCUAUGACCGCAGCGUUUUCCCUUCCACGAUUGUGAUGGAGUGGGACCUGGUGUGUGAGGCCCGUGCCCUCAAUGACCUGGCUCAGUCCCUCUACAUGGCUGGGGUGCUGGUGGGGGCUGCCAUAUUCGGUAGCCUCGCAGACAGGUUGGGCCGCAAGGCCCCUCUGAUCUGGUCGUACCUGCAGCUGGCAGUUUCGGGGGCUGCGACAGCAUAUGUUGGCUCCUUCAGCACCUACUGUGUCUUCCGGUUCCUGAUGGGCAUGACCUUCUCCGGCAUCAUCCUCAAUUCUCUCUCACUGGUUGUGGAGUGGAUGCCCACCCGGGGCCGGACUGUGGCAGGCAUCUUGCUGGGCUUCUCUUUCACCUUGGGUCAGAUCAUCUUGGCUGGCGUGGCGUACCUGAUCCGCCCCUGGCGGUGGCUGCAGUUGGCUGUCUCCGCUCCCUUCCUCAUCUUUUUCCUCUAUUCUUGGUGGCUGCCAGAGUCAUCCCGAUGGCUCCUCCUGCAUGGCAAGUCGCAGCAAGCUGUGCAGAACCUACAGAAAGUGGCUGUGAUCAAUGGUAGAAGGGAGGAAGGGGAAAGACUGACCAUGGAGGUGGUGAGCUCCUACAUCCAGAGUGAGUUUGCAAGUGUCCGUACCUCCAACUCCAUUUUAGACCUCUUCCGAACUCCGGCCAUCCGCAAGGUCACAUGCUGUCUCAUGAUGGUCUGGUUCUCCAACUCUAUGGCUUACUAUGGCAUGGCCAUGGACUUGCAGAAGUUCGGGCUCAGCAUCUACCUGGUGCAGGCCCUGUUUGGGAUCAUAGACGUCCCUGCCAUGCUGGUGGCCACCACCACCAUGAUUUAUGUGGGCCGUCGGGCCACAGUGGCCUCCUUCCUCAUCCUGGCUGGACUCAUGGUCAUUGCCAACAUGUUUGUGCCUGAAGACAUGCAGACCCUGCGCACCGUGCAGGCCGCUCUGGGCAAAGGCUGCUUGGCCAGCUCCUUCAUCUGCAUAUACCUGUUCACAGGAGAGCUGUACCCCACGGAAAUCAGGCAGAUGGGGAUGGGCUUCACCUCAGUCAAUGCCCGCUUUGGAGGCCUAGUGGCGCCCCUGGUCACCACGCUAGGUGAGAUCAGCUCCAUCCUGCCACCUGUGGCCUUUGGUGCCACCUCCAUCCUGGCCGGGUUGGCUGUCACCUGCUUCCUGACUGAGACCCGUAACGUACCACUGGUGGAGACCAUUGCUGCAAUGGAGAAGAGAGUCAAAGAAGGCUUUUCCAAAAAGGAUGCAGAGGAGAAGAGUGAAGAGAUUUCUCUUCAGCAGCUAGGGGCUUCUCCCCUUAAAGAAACAAUCUAA